CUAUCAUAGAACUAUUAUUGUGCUCAAUCGGGUUGUACUUAUAAUAUAACAUUAUUUUCACGGACAGAGAGAGCAUUUAGUUAUCUGUUAUCGUAAUCUAGGUUUAUGCAUUUUUUAAAUAUACGAAGAUAAAACCUUAUUUUUAUUAACUGAAGGUUAGAGUUCGACUGAUUAUAGACGAGAGAUAAUUUUGACAUUUUUCUAACCCCACCAAACUGCUCGCUGCCGUAAAUUAAUAACAAUUAUUAUAAUAUUCAAUAGUUUAUACUGUAUGUGGUAUACGUGAUUCAUCAUCUAUACAGUUACUCUGUGAUUUGAUCUAAGAUCAUCUGUUAAAAAUUUUCUCAAAUUUCAAGCCAAUUUGUUAAUUUGGAACCGUAAGUUCUUGACCAUAUAAUACAGAUAGACGUACUGACGUUUCAAUUUUUUAACAUGCCUCAUUUUCGUUUGGAAACAAAUGUUCCAAAGUCCAAAGUAACUCCAGAAGUAUUGAAAACUCUUUCUAAAGCAGUGGCCAAAACCCUUGGCAAACCAGAGUCGGUAAGAUUUAUUAGCCUAAUUCUAGUUUAGCAUACUACUUAUUGAUUUUUUAGAAUUUUUUUUUUUCGAAAUGUGUGUUUUCUGAUAUACAUAUAUAUUGUUCAUUAAGAAUGAAAAUAAAGGCCGGACGAACUUAGUUUGGAAAUUGUGGAAGAAAACUUCAAAAAGUUUGAUUUUUUCGUUUUAAUAUUUUCAAAAUCUAUGUUUUUAUUGCUUGAUUCAUUGGUUUAAUUAAAAUUAAUCUAUCAUACUUUAAGAGUUUUUGUACAUAAGCCUUAAUACAGCUUUUUUGAAAUUAAUCCAAAAUUCAUAAAAAUUAUUUGAAAAUAUUAAAUUCUGACUAAAAAAUACGCGGAACAAAAAAACAAAGUACGUUUGGGAAAAUUCUCACUCUGAAUGUAUACCUAGAAACACAUUUUGAAAAAAAAAUUCUAAUAUGCUGCAGGUACUAGAAUUAUAUUGUUUAAUUUUUAUUUAGGUGUUUAUUUAUCAUAAUAGUUAGUUGUUUUUUUAAAUCAUUAUUUUCAGUAUGUUGUUGUAACUGUUGUGCCUGAUCAAUUGAUGGUAUUUAAUGGAACUAAUGAACCCUGUGGGACAGGUAUAUUGAUGAGCAUCGGUGCUCUAGGUGUUGAACAAAACAAAAAUCAUGCGUCUGUUUUAUAUCCAAUUAUAAAAGAUUUACUUGGCAUUCCUGGAGACAGGUUUGUUUAUAAUUUGUUUUAUCUAUUAAAAAUAAUAUUAUAUAAUUAAUUAUUUUUUAGAUUGUACAUAACAUUUUCGGAUCAAACUUCAUCUAAUGUUGGUUAUUCAGGAACAACAUUCCAUACAAUUUUUAGAUAAUUAAUCAGUAAGGAGCUAUUGUAAUUAGUUAACAAACAAAUUAUUUUACUCAUUAAUAGUUAUUUUAAAAUUUGAUUUUUUAACAAAUAAUAUAAAUACAAAUAUUUUAAAGAAUACAUUUUGUAUUCAUUAUCUUGCUACAUGUUUAGUAUAAUAAUUAUUAUGAUUGGUUAAAGUUCAAUUUUUUUUUUAACUUUCUGGCAAAUAGCAAUUUACUAAGCUUUUAUGUUUAUAGAUGUAAUUCAUUAAUGUAAUUAUUUUAAAUAUUAUAAUUAAAUUACUAUAAUAAUGUACUUUUUAAAAUAGAUUAGUUUGUAAUAACAAUGCCUAUAUAUUGUUGAAAAUAAAUACAUAUUUAGUAGUGCUAAGGACAGAAGUUUUCAUGUUGUUUAAAAAUAAUUCAAAACAGCUAAGUAAUAAAGAAAUUUAGAAAAGUUCAGUACUUUGUUUCACAUAAUUUUUCAAUUUUCCAUAUUAAUACAUAUUUUGUUACAUUCUUAUUUUAGGUGCAUUUUUCACAUAUUUAAUAAUAUUUAAUAUGAUUUUUCUUCAAAAUUUUAAAAAUAAAGGAUAAAGG